AUGGACGCGAAACGGGUCGUACGUGCUGGAACCGGGCGUGAACGGAACAUGGGCGAUGCUACACGGGUUUGUAGUCACGCGCUCGAGCUGGACGGGACGCGAGCAGGGCUAGCUGGUGCGUGGACUCGAGCUCGCGGACAGCGGCCAAGGGUGGUGCGACCGGAGGGAAUGGAUGGCUGGCCGACGACGGUUCGGUUCGCCGGCGACGGUGGCUUGCUGGAAACAGGUAUAACUAAAUUGGGUAGAUCUAUCUCUCUGAAAGACCUAGCUAGCUGCCUUGAGAGUGUCGGCACCUUUUUUCCGGGUACGAGGAAAUCACGCAGUUCCAUCUCCCUUGAAACCCUGUCAUCAACCAAAGCCGCUUCUACCGGAAACAACAAGGUGGAGAGCAAACUAGUACCCUCCUAUAUUCCACAGGUUCGUCCAUUGCUACACCCAUACGUUCCACACACUCCAGUUUAUAGUUUCCAUGACAUAGCCAAAGACGAGAGCCCACCUGAGUUAUGCAGCAAGUGUUGUUUAGAGCAUCUUCCUCAGCAAGCUUGCCCUGUUAUCCUCUGUACAAUUUGUAAUAAGACUCAUCGAAAUUGGACCUGCCCUUACGAACGCAUUUUGCCGCAAGGGGCUGACUAUAACCGGGUUAGAUUUACAGCAGUUUGCGCCCUUGAUGACGGUGGUGAAUUUGAUGAGGAGAAGUGGGCUUGUACCUGGUGUCAUGGGAAAGUAGCCAAACUUAGGCUCAAGUACUGUUGCAUUUGCAUGUGUCAUACAGACCACUGCUCCCAUGAAUGCCGUAAGGAUGUUGUGCGAGCUGCCAGGUUUAAGGCCUUGCGAGACUAUGAUCUUGCAUUUCCGAAGAAGUGGGUUCCCUAUGGAGAUUUCUUGGCCGAAAAAACAUCGUCAAAGAAUCUUUGGUACUAA